AUGACGAAUCUUGGCUUGGCUCAUCACUUUCUUGGCAUCAAAAUACAAAAACUUCAAGAUAAGUAUUUCCUCUCUCAGUCCGCUUAUGCUACCUCCAUUUUAAAUUCAGUAAAUCUACUUAACUGUAACCCCCUCUCUAAUCCCUCGUGCACGAAACUUCCCGAUCAGGUUCCAUCCGACAGUAAUCUAUCCGCAAACGAGACCUACAAACGGGUAACAGGAUCGCUGCAAUACUUGACAUUAACCCGUCCGGACAUUGCACACGCGGUUAACGUCCUCUCUCAGCACCUGCAUGAUCCAUCUCAAACUCAUGCCUACCUUCUCAAGCGACUGUUACGAUACAUCAAAGGAACAUUGUCGUUCGGCUUACCCAUUCUACCGGGAUCACUCAACCUCUCUACCUACUCAGACGCAGACUGGGCAGGCGAUCCAGUAACAAGAAAGUCUACAACGGGUCAUUGCACAUUCCUCGGCAGCACGCUCGUCUCGUGGACAGUCAAGAAGCAUACGACGGUGGCUCGGUCGUCCACAGAAUCCGAAUACCGGGCACUCGCAGCUGCUACUGCCGACACCAUUUGGCUCAAGCGUCUGCUUACCGACUUCGGCAUACAACAUAGUCAGUCGAUCGAGCUCUUCUGCGAUAACACCUCUGCAAUCGCGCUUGCACACAAUCCGGUGUAUCACGCCCGCACGAAGCAUAUCGAAAUUGAUCACCGGUUCGUCCGCGAUAACAUUCAAAACCAGGUCAUCCGCCUCACUCCGAUCGGCACUCUUCAUCAAAUCGCGGACAUCUUCACUAAGCCACUACCUACCGCUCGAUUCAAGGAUCUCCGUUACAAACACAAUUCAAGAUGA